GGUCUUGCACUUACCAUGAUCCUAUUACCCACUAUAUCCCUUCCCCUCACGAAAAAAACAACCACCGUCGGUUGGUUGGCGGCGUAUUUGCAUGUAGACUAGGGAAAAGGUGACCCAACAGGGAUGAUUGCUCAAUGAAUUUUAAUGUCUCUCAUGCUCACAUUUGUUAUUCUUGCUGUCUUUAAGGAGAUUUUCUGUUUCUGUCGGUGUCAUUUUGUAUUAAAUCGUCUUGGUUGCCCUUUAGGUAAGCUUCGUAGAAUAUGUCGUGAUGCAACCUAGUGGUCCCCCCGCAGUUCUUGGUAGCAUUUAACGGGAUUCUCCAAGGUCCAUGGUCCCGCAUAUUAGUGUACCUGCUGGAGGGAGAGGAGGGGGAGGGGGAAGAUAGUAGUGUUAGUGGUAGUAGUAUAUACAAGUUACCCUACCUGUUAUUGGAUUGGAUUCAGAUUCCAACUUAUACAUAUUUCGUUUACGAAUAUUUCCUUUUGGCCCUUCGAUUCCUAUGAACAAUGUCAUCGAGCGCGCCAAACGACAACAUCAAGUCCGAAGCGGGGGCCGCCGAGGCGGAAGCGCAGCUCAACAAGGACUACGACCUCUCGCGGGCGAUGGACUCGCGGCGGGGUUUGCGGCAGGGGCUGACGUCGUACGGGGACGCGCACUUCUCGCUGUUCCUGCGGAAGGUGUUCAUCAAGGCGCUGGGGUACUCGGAGGACGCGCUGUCGCGGCCGAUCGUCGGGAUCGCCAACACGUCGUCCGGGUUCAACCCGUGCCACGCCAACGCGCCGCAGCUGCUGGACGCCGUGCGGCGCGGCGUGCACCUCGCGGGGGGGCUCGCGGUAGAUUUCCCCACCAUAAGCCUCCACGAGUCGUUCGCGGCGCCGUCCAGCAUGUUCCUUAGGAACCUGAUGAGCAUGGACACCGAGGAGAUGAUUAGGGCGCAGCCGGUUGAUGCGGUGGUGCUGAUUGGCGGAUGCGACAAGACGACCCCGGCGCAGCUCAUGGGUGGGAUAUCGGCGAACAAGCCGAUCCUACACCUCGUCACGGGGCCGAUGAUGCCGGGUAGCCAUAAGGGAGUGCGGAUCGGGGCGUGCACCGACUGCCGGAAUAAUUGGGCGAACUUCCGUGCUGGCGUUACUGAUAUCGAAGACAUUGCGGCGCUGAAUGAAGAGCUCGCGCCAACGGCUGGUACUUGCGGAGUUAUGGGCACGGCGAGCACGAUGGCAUGUAUCCUGGUAGCACUCGGCCUCAUGCCAUUUAAAGGGGCAACAGCACCAGCCGUGUCAUCAGCUCGUCUUCGAAUCGCCGAGGAAACCGGUGCCAACGCCGUGAGGGUUAUCUCUGCCGGCGACAAGUUGAAACCCCAGUCCCUGUUAACGCGUGAAUCAUUUAUCAACGCCAUCACUGUGCUGCAGGCGAUCGGCGGAUCGACCAAUGCCGUAGUGCAUCUAAUGGCCAUCAUCAACCGGCAUCCCGCCGUUGCGGGAACAAUCACUCUCGAUACCUUCGACGAGAUCGGGUGCCGCACUCCUCUCCUCGUCGACCUAAAACCUAGCGGCUCCAAUUACAUGACCGAUUUCCACAACUCGGGCGGCAUGGCCGCGCUGCUGCGGGAACUCAGGCCGAUCUUACACCUCGACGCGCUGACAAUCUCCGGGAAGACUCUCGGAGAAGCGCUAGAUAGCGAGCGCGCCAUGCCGGUGCCGCAAGCCCUCCGCUGCAUCCAGCCCUUCGACGCUCCUCUCUACCCGGCCUCGUCGCUCGUCGUGCUGCGCGGGAACCUCGCGCCGGGAGGCGCCGUCCUGAAGGCGAGCGCGUCCAAGGAUCGGCGGCUGCUGAAGCACUCGGGACCGGCGGUAGUCUUCGCGGGGGCGGCGGACCUGGCGGCGCGCAUCGACGGCGAGGAGCUGGCGGCGACGCCCGACAGCGUGCUCGUGCUGCAGAACAUCGGGCCUGUGGGCCACCCGGGGAUGCCGGAGGCCGGGCUGGUGCCGAUACCGCGGGCGCUGGCGGCGCGCGGGGUCGCGGACAUGCUGCGGGUGUCGGACGGGCGGAUGAGCGGGACGGCGGGGGGCACCGUCGUCCUGCACGUGGCGCCGGAGGCGGCGAGCCCGGGGUCCGUGCUGGGGAUCGUGAGGGACGGGGACGUGGUUACGUGCGAUGUCGAGAGGAGGCUUUUGCAGGUGGAGAUUAGCGACGAGGAGAUUGAGAGGAGGAGGGAGGCUAGGCGGGAAGAGAUGGAGAAGGAGGAGAAGGAGGAGGAGGGGGAUGGUUUGUCGAAAUACCCGUGGAAGGCGAGGGAGAAGAUGAGAGGGUAUAGAGGCUUGUAUAUGAGGUCAGUUAAUCAGGCAGAUCAGGGGGCGGAUUUCGACUUUUUGCGUGCUGAGGGGCCGGCGUGAUGGUAUAUUUUUUCACCCUAGGGCAGGGGAUGACAGGUACCUAACCUUACCUAAGACUACUUCGCAUAUAUUAUGUUUUGGCUUGGAUUAAAACGACAUACAUAUAAGUAAUUGGAAUACCACGUCUUGUCAUCCAUCUAGUACUCUCUUCACUGACCCUUAACAACGAGAAGAGGCUUUCCGACUUUCUUCGCCUCCUCAUUCAACGCAUCAAUUUCGGCCUGCACGAACGGAAUUCCUGUCUUUUCCCUCUGCU